UGCCCGCUGUCAUGCCAGUUGACUCGGUGCCCACGAUGACUCGGUACCCGCUGUUGUGCCAGAUGACUUGGUACCCGCUGUCGUGCCAGAUGACUCUGUGCCCGCUGUCAUGCCAGUUGACUCGGUGCCCGCUGUCGUGCCAGAUGACUCGGAGCCCGCUGUCGUGCCUGAUGACUCAGUGCCCGCUGUCUUGCCAGAUGACUCGGAGCCCGCUGUCAUGCCAGUUGACUCGGAGCCCGCUGUCGUGCCUGGUGACUCGGUGCCCGCUGUCUUGCCAGAUGACUCGGUGCGCGCUGUCUUGCCAGAUGACUUGGAGCCCGCUGUCCUGCCAGUUGACUCGGUGCCCGCUGUCGUAUCAGUUGACCCGGAGCCCGCUGUCUUGCCAGAUGACUCGGUGCCCACGGUCUUGCCAGAUGACUCGGUGCCCGCUGUCGAACUUGGUGACCCAGUGCCCGCGGUUCUGCCAGAUGACUCAGUGCCUGCUGUCCUGCCAGAUGACUCGGUGCCCGCUGUCGAGCUUGGUGACCCAGUGCCCACGGUUCUGCCAGAUGACACGGUGCCCGCUGCUCCGCCUGAUGGCACGGUGUCCGCUGCUCCGCCUGAUGGCCCGGUGCCCGCUGCUCCGCCUGAUGGCCCGGUGCCCCGCUGCCUUGCCUGCUGCCCAGCCUGACAUGCCUAUGCCUGCUGCCCAGCCUGAGAUGCCU